UUUGGGGUGUUAGUCUCAAUGACAUAUUGUGUAUCAUUGUGUAUCCGAAUGUAUCAAUUAUCGCCUAUUCAGACUGUAAACCAUUUUUGUUUGAAAUCGUUAUCGUUUGUUUUGUCAUGCAUGCAUGCAUUAUUUUUUUUCUGUUGAAUUUGUGACUAAAUUGUAAACACAGAAAAAUGAUUCAUUAAAUCAAUUUGAUGAUGAAAUUUUAUAAAUUUAAAUUCAAUCACCAUCAUCAUUUUUUUCUUGUUUUUGUAUACUGAUCUCAUCUGUUGGAUUUUUGUGUGUAUUUGCCAUUUUCAAAAAAAAAAAAAAAUUCAAAAUAAAUCAUGUCAAAUCAACCGAGAAGCAAUGAAUUGAAUCGAGCCAACAAUUAUCAAUCAAGAAGCAAUCAUAAUUCAUAUCGUAAACGUCGUUUUGUUUCAUUACCGAUGGAAUUUCAUGAAUCGUGUUUAAAUUAUUGUGGUAAAAAACGACGAAAUACUUCAAACAUGACCAUGGUACCUGCUUCACAUCUAUUAAUGGGUGGUGUAAAUUUUCAGGAUCCAUUAAAUUUAAAAAGUAAUAAAACGAAUGAUGAUCAAUCUAACAUUUCUGGAAACAACCACGACAAUACUAACAAAAUAGAUCGUUCACCAGAUAAUUCUAAAGAAAUGGUCAAUGUUUUGAUACCAUCAAAUCUACAAGAUCCGUUGAAUCUAACACAUUCGGAUUGUCCGAAAGAAUCAGAUCUAAUAUCGGCCGAUUCCAUAACGAAUAAAAGUACAAGUGGUGGUGGCAUCAUCAUUAAUCACAAUCAUAAUCCUCAUUGUAAUAAAAGACAACGAACAUCAUCCGAAAGUGAAAUUCAUCGCCAAAUGUCGUUACCUUCAACAUCAAAAACAUCAUCAGCUAUGAUUAAAGAUGAUUCCUGUCUUAAUCAUCAUUGUUAUCAUAAUAUACAGUCAUCAUCUUCAUUAAUUCAAUCAUCAUCAACAACGACAACAUCGAAAACGAUUCGAAAACCACCAUUAUUACAACGAUGUUCAUCGAAAGAUUGUUGUACACAUAAUAAUAAUAAUAAUAAUCACCAUAAAAGAUAUACGAAUAAUAUUUGUGAUACAAAUUUUCGAUCAGAUCGAUCAAAACAACCAUUAAAUCAUUCACAUCAACAACCACAACAACAACAUCCGGAUUCUAUAAAAUCGAAUACGAAACAACAGAAACAAAAAGAACGUUUUCAAUAUGGAAAUUAUAAUCGUUAUUAUGGAUAUCGAACAAUGGAAAAUGACGAAGAUCCUCGAAUUGGAUUAUUUCGUCCGGAAUGGUUCACGGAUAAAGAUGUUCUCGAUAUUGGUUGCAAUGUUGGUCAAGUUACCAUGAAGAUAGCACAGAAUUUUCAUCCGAACAAAAUUAUCGGUAUCGAUAUUGAUCAAUCAUUGAUAAAGGUAGCCAAAAAAAAUGUUCGACAAAUUGUUACGAAAAAAAUUAUAGAAAAGGAAAAAUUUGAUUCAUUACCAAACGUGGAUGAUGAAACUGUUAAUGAUUUUCCAAAUAAUGUAAAUUUUGUUCAAGUUAAUUAUGUUCCAACAUCGGAUGAUAAACUUGAAUAUCAAAAACCUGAAUAUGAUUGUAUCCUAUGUUUGAGUGUUACAAAAUGGAUUCAUCUAAAUUGGGGUGAUGCUGCUCUUAAACGUGCAUUUCGUCGAAUGUUUCUACAAUUACGUCCCGGUGGUUCACUCAUACUUGAACCACAACCAUGGUCUUCGUAUAAGAAAGCUAAAAUGAGUGCAAAAUUACGGGAAAAUUUUCGUUCGAUUCGUUUUAAACCGGAACAUUUUCAUGAAUUUCUACUCAAAGAUGUUGGCUUUAAAAGCUGUGAAUUAUUGGGCACGCCUGCACAUAAUCAAAAAGGUUUUCAAAGGCCAAUUUAUUUGUAUAAGAAAAAAAUGGAAAACUGAUACAUGUGUAAAAAUUUUGUUUUUCAAAGAUUUUUUUUAUUGAGAUUAUAAGAUUAAUUAUAAAAAAGUGAAGAGAAAAAGGAAAUUUACAAAUAUCAGGCCUGUAUUUGUGUGUGUGUGUUUGUGUUCAAUCUGUUGUUUUUGUCGUCGAAUCAUCGACUAAUCUGACUUAGUUUUCAUUGUUGGUUCACGGAAAUAAAGAAAUACAAAACUAAAUAGAAAAA